AUGGAGUCGUCGGUGGAGACUACUAGGACGCCUAAAAUGUCUAGACAUGGUAAGGCUUGUGUCAAUUGUGCGAGGGCUAAGGUUAAGUGUGUGGAAAAGAAUGGAGUUGGAGCUUGUGAAAGGUGCCAUCGACUUACCAAGGAGUGUCAACCAAUCACAAGGACAAACAAGCGGAAGCUGGCGAAGAAAACUAUAGCUGCAAAGACUGCAGAGCUCGAGCAAAAGCUUGAUGGACUAGUUUCAUUGUUGACUGCAGCUACUCAAGCUCAAAAUACGCCUUCUUCAACAGUAUCGGAUCAAACUGCGUCGUCAGACCCUAAGGAUAAUAAUGCUCAAGGUUUUGGAUAUCAAGUCCCAACAAAUUUUGGCAAUCCACCUCUGAGAGGACUUGACGCUGUCGAUAUAAAGCUUCCUGCCAACAGUCCUUACAGUAUAAAUUUUAUUCCUGUUAAUCCGCCUCUACCAGGGCCAACGCUCGGAAAACCACUUCGUGAUCCUAGUGGUGAUUAUUGUUCUUCCAGCAUACCCACGGUAACACAGCCGAUAUCUCUUAUUCCGUCUGAUCUACAAUUGUCCUCGACAGAAGAAGAAAUUGCACUAUACCACUUCCGAACCCAUUCAACAAAGUAUCUCCCAUUCAUCGUCAUACCACCGGAUACGAAUGUCCAUGAAUUUAAGAGAGAAAACCCGUUCUGGUGGCUGGCCAUUGUGAUGACUACGGCAAAGAUGACCUCAAGACAAAUCACACUCGGGAUGCAUAUUCGUCAGCAUUUAAGUCAGAAAUUACUUAUUCUGGGUGAACGAAAUCUUGAUCUUCUUUGGGGAUUGUUGACUUAUAUUGCAUGGCACUGCCAUUAUCAACAGAGACCAGUAUGGACGAGUAUGAUUCAGCUUGCUAUGGGCUUGGUAUACGACCUCGGGUUGAAUAAGGCACCACCAAAAGAAGCCCCCCAUCUGCUGUUGCAUUUUGACGCUCGGGGGUGCCCAAAACCAUUUCUACCCCCGGUUGGAUCACAUCAAGAGAAGAGAGCUUUACUUUGCUUAUAUUCGCUAAGUUCCAGCUUCUCGUUGUAUGUUGGAAAGAUUGAUACUCUUCGAUGGACACCAUACGCAGAGGAAUCAAUGAGAAUACUCUUACAAAACCCUGAAUCUAUCUACGAUAUAUUAAUAACUCAGAUUAUACGCUUACAAAUCAUCCAAGAGCGCGUGAAGGAUGCUCCGUGGUACGAUACAGCCGGUGAUGAUAACAUCGCUUUCAAAGCACCUGCUUCUUUCUAUCUCAAAGCGUUGAAGAGUCAGAUGGAAACCUUCAAACAGCAAAUUCCGAAUCAAGUUCGAGAAAAUGAGACCUUUCUGAUGCAUCUAUACAACACGGAACUCACAAUUCACGAACUCGCUCUUUCCAAAGAACCUGUUUCUGAUAUGACGGAUUGCCAACGCUUGGAAUCUCUUUGCAUUUGCUUCCAAUCUGUCAAAUCGUGGUUUCAUCUCUACUUUUCUCUACCAUGCAAAGAACACACCUCAUUUGUUUUCCCUAUUUAUACACACUUAGCCCAUUGUAUGGUGGCUCUCUAUCGCCUAUCCGUCUUCGAAGACCCACAAUGGGAUGCCAAACUUGUUCGUCAACAAUUAGAUCUCUCAAUCGUCCUAGAUCGAAUCGUAAAAAAUUGUGAAAAUGUCAAAUACGAAGCUGGAUUAGAUGAGGGGUUGACUAGGAUUGAUGAUUUUGAUAUCUAUACUUCUAAUGCGAAAAGGAUUGGCUUGAUCAAGACUUGGUGGGAUGCGAAGGUUGCGGCGGAAACUUCAAGUAAUGUGCCAAGCGAGAAGUUUUCGAAUAGGAGUGGGAAUGAGAAUAUGAGCGCGGAGCCAAUGACUCAAGCUCAAGCCCAAGGUCUCGAAUUUCCAACGUUUGGGAUGGAUAUGAACCAGGAAUUGUGGGAUGAUGGGUGGUGGCAGGAUGUUUUCGGUUCGUGGGGUGCUCAGUGUGAUAAUAUGAGUGCAUCAGCCCCAACACUAUAUUAA